AUGGAGGGCAGCGGCCCGCGGAUGCUGGCGGUGGGCGCGGGGCUGGCGGGGCUGGGGGCGGUCCAGCGGCUCCGCGGACACGGCUCCCUGCGCCUGCUGGAGGCGGCGGCCCGCGCCGGCGGCCGCGUCUGCACCCGCCCCUUCGCGUCGGGGCUGGCGGAGAUGGGGGCACACUGGAUCCACGGCCCCUCGCCGGGAAAUCCCGUGUUCUGCCUGGCCUCCCGCUACGGCCUGCUGGGCCCGGAGGCCGCCCGCGAGGAGAACCAGCAGGUGGAGGCGGGGGGCCACCCCCCGAUGCCGUCCGUCACCUACGGCAGCUCGGGGAAGGUGCUGAACCCCAAGGCAGUGCGCGAAGCCCGCGACCUCUUCUACGCGCUCCUGGCCUCCACCCGCGCUUUCCAGGGCUCCAAGGAGCCUCCGUGGCCCAGCGUGGGCCAGUACGUGCGGGCAGAGAUCGCCCGCACGGUGCCCACCAUGGCGGGCGGCCAGGAGGAUGCCCGACGGCUGCAGCUGGCCGUGCUCGCCGCCUGCCUCAAGCUGGAGUGCUGCAUCAGCGGGACGCACAGCAUGGACCUGGUGGGCCUGGAGCCCUUCGGGGAGUACGUGUCGCUGCCCGGCCUGGACUGCACCUUCCCAGGAGGCUACAGCAGCUUGGCCGAGCGCCUGCUCUCGGAUCUGCCCGAGGGCACCGUGCUGUUCAACAAGGCGGUGAAGACCAUCCACUGGCAAGGGUCCUUCCGAGAGGAAGGGGACGACGGCAGGGUGUUCCCCGUGCGGGUGGAGUGCGAGGACGGAGACGUCUUCCUUGCCGACCACGUCAUCGUCACUGUCCCGCUGGGUUUCCUCAAGGAGCGCCACCAGGAGUUCUUCCAGCCCCCCCUUCCCGAGCGGAAAGCACGGGCCGUUCGCAGCCUGGGCUUCGGCACCAACAACAAGAUCUUCCUGGAGUUCGAGCAGCCCUUCUGGGAGCCCGAGCAGCAGCUCCUGGAAGUGGUGUGGGAGGACGAGUCGCCGCUAGAGGAGCCCGACGCUGACCUGGAGGCCAACUGGUUCAAGAAGCUCAUCGGAUUCGUGGUGCUGCAGCCGCCAGAGCAGCACGGCCACGUCCUGUGCGGCUUCAUCGCGGGGAAGGAGUCGGAGCACAUGGAGACGCUGAGCGACGCCGAGGUGCUGAGCGCCAUGACCCGCGUGCUGCGCACGAUGACAGCCCCUGCAGCUCCUCUUCGCCGGCGAGGCCACGCACCGCACCUUCUACUCCACCACCCACGGGGCGCUGCUCUCGGGGUGGCGGGAGGCCGAGCGGCUCAACCAGCUCUUCCAGGCGCCCGUGCCCGCGCCUCAGUCGUGAGGCAGCGAAAUAAACCGCGGUGCUUUGCCCUCCGCUCUCCUUUAUUGAGACACCUCCGCGCCGGCGGCUGCCUCCUCUGCGUGGCGUGGCGGGGCGGGCUGCGCGGUGCGUUUAAUACCAGUUGGUGCUGGAGAUGGUGUAGCGGGGGUCGUCCAGCGGGUCCUGCGUCGGGCCCGGCCGCGGGGCAGCCUCCGGGCCGGGCGGGCGAGGGGGUUGAGGCUCAGAAGCGGCGGCACGGGGAGUGCCGGGGGGCGUGCCGGGGCCCGCGGGGGGCACGCCGUGAGCCCCGGCACUCCCCGUGCCGCCGGGAGGUGCGGCCGAGCCCCGCUGCGGCCCCGGUGGCGGCGGCGGCUCCGCCAUGGCUGUGGCUGAGGCGGCUUCCGGUCGCGCGGGAAGUGACGCGGGCAGCCAUGCGGGUGUGGGCCGCGCUGAGGGCGGCGGGGACGGGCCCGGCCGCGUUCCGGGAGCGCUUCGAGUUCGGCGGCCGCGAUGUGGCCUCGUGGUUCCCGCGGCACAUGGCGAAAGGCCUGCGGCAGAUGCGGCUGGCGCUGCGCCGCGCCGACUGCCUGGUGGAGGUGCACGACGCUCGAAUCCCGCUGUCGGGCCGUAACCCCGCGCUGCAGGAGGCGCUGGGCAUCCGCCCCCACGUCCUGGUGCUGAACAAGAUGGAUCUGGCUGAUCCGCGGCGGCAGCCGGUGAGCACCGGGGCAGGGCCGGGCGGGGCAGCGGCGGUGUCACCCGCAGGUGACAGCAGUGCCUCUUCCCGUGCCCUGCAGGCGGUUCUGGAGCAGCUGAGGCAGCAGGGAUGCUCGCACGUCGUCUUCACUGACUGCCAGCACGAUGUCAACGUCAAGAAGGUUGUCCCCGUGGUUGCCAGGCUGGUGGCCGAUGGCCCGCGCUACCACAGGGCCGAGAGCUGCGAGCACAACAUCCUGGUGAUCGGCGUGCCCAACGUGGGCAAGUCCUCGCUCAUCAACUCCCUGCGGAGGCUGCACCUCAAGAAGGGCAGCGCCACCGCGGUGGGGGGCGAGCCAGGCAUCACCAAGGCAGUGCUCUCCAGGAUCCAGGUGUGUGAGCAGCCCCGCAUGUACCUGGUGGACACCCCCGGCGUGCUGCCCCCCCGCCUGGGGGACGUGGAGACGGGCAUGAAGCUGGCACUGUGUGGAGCCAUCCAUGACCACCUGGUGGGGGAGGACAUCAUGGCCGACUACCUGCUGUACACGCUGAACAAGCAGCAGCAGUUCAGGUACGUGCAGCGCUACGGGCUGGGCCAGCCCUGCGACCGCAUCGAGGCCCUGCUCAAGCACGUGGCCCUCAGCCAGGGCCGCACGCAGAAGGUGAAGGUGCUCACGGGCACAGGGAAUGUCAACAUGAUGAUGCUCAACUACCCAGCUGCUGCCUACGAGUUCCUGCGGGACUUCCGAGCAGGGCGCCUGGGCAGGGUGACACUGGACUGACACCUGUCACUGGACAGGCACUGCCGGCAGCCCUGGGGACUGGGGACACCUCGGCAGGGAGCUGUGGGGUGUGAUUAAAGCCCUCUGCCAGCGCUGUCCCCGGAUUUGGGAAGAGGCCGGAGGGACAGGAUGCCCUGUGGUGUCGCUGUUGCGAUGCUCGCGUGGAGAGCUGUGCCCGCCCCGGAGAGCCCGGGGCAGGGCUGGUGCCUCCGGCUGGCACCUGGAAGCCGCCAGGGAGCCGCUUCCUCGCCAGGGAGCUGUUUCCUCGCUGGGUUUGGCCUGCUGUGGAGCUUCCAUCCCGAAAUAAAGCUUAUGUGGGCAGGGGCCGGGCGCUGGCCAUCCCAGGGUCCCGCCCCUCGCCCCGCAUCCAGCCACACCUUC